UCAACGUAGGCCCUAAAGUAGUAAGCAUUUUCGCGUCGCCCUCCAUUCACGGUAUUAUGACGUCAAGGCUGCGCAAGCCAAUCGUAUUUGCCGUCGAUCACAUAAGAACCCAUAAAUGAGCGCCUCAGAACGUGCACCCCGCCCCCAAAACUAAGCCGCUCGGCGUCGGUCCAUGCAAGCAUUGCAAGACGUUUGUCAUGAUCUGUCGUGUGUGGCUCUCAUCGGAGUAUGCUUCCGUGGGGCGUGGUAACCUCUAGCAAGACUGGGACUGGGUCACUGGGUGACCUCGAUGUCAGUCAGUGACGGGUGAUCAGUCGGACAGCAACCGUGUAGCUCCUGAUUCAAGCAUGCCAUCAUAUUUUGCGGCUUUGACAUUUCCUUGCCCUCGACAGGCAUUUGGCCCUCGCUCGCUCCGAAGACCGAACCUCAUCCACUCAUUCAGUCCCAGGACCCAGGUAGUGCGCAGACCGUCGGCCGGCUCGCUCAUACCAAUAGCCCAGCCCGCAUCGUCCACCACCGGUGGCCCGUUUGUACCGGGACGAUUCCGAGAUCCCAACCACAUCCACAGGCUAAUCUCGAUUACAAGAUUACCAAUACCUACCCAAAUCGAUAGAUGGCUGGUCUGUGGUAAGCAAGCCCUCAAACUGACUGACUUACGUCUAUGGCUUUGUGGGCUAGUGUGCGAGUUAGAAAAACGAAAGGACUACGCUUAUAAUGGGGCAUUAUGUAGUUGAUGUAGACAAUUUAUGAUGAAACACGACUACCGGCAGACAGACUGUCGCUAGCAUCUGGCGUCUGGCGGAUAUGGCUUGUCGGUUCGAUCACGCCCAUCGGGGUUAAUUGAGCUUGUUACGACCAGUUGACACAAUGAAGCACGGUCUGUCUGAAUAUUUUGGCGCCCACAUAAGGAGGUAGCUGUUGUCGGCAGCGGUGUCAGUUUCUGUGUGAGUCGCAGAGCGCUCACACCAGUCCCAGACAUGCUGCGCGCGGCACUCUGCUGUCUGGCUCUGGCCGGUCUGGCUGCCGGUGACAACGAGGAACUGAAGCUGGCCCCGCUGGCCGGGCCGCAGCGGCACCUGAUGGUUCGCCCCGUGGAUCGGCACGACGACCAGCUGAGCGUCACCCUCGGCUUCAUGCCUGUCGAUAUCGACGUCGACGAGAAGGAGCUGAAGACCACGGUCGGCGGCUGGCUCUUCCUCUCCUGGCAGAACAGCCGUCUGGCGUGGAGCGGGGGCCCGGUGGAGCGCACACGCAUCAUGCCAGGCGAUAUGUGGACGCCCGACAUCUACCCGUACAACAUGGUUCCGACGGUGAGCGAGUGGCUGCUGCCGACGCCGGCGCUUGUCUCGCGCAGCGGAGAGGUCAUCUACGUGCCGCCGGUGAGUGUUCAGGUCCGCUGUCGGCGCCAGCAGGCCUCCAACCCGGACCGUAUCGUCUGCCCGCUCAAACUCGGCUCGUGGACCUACAGCACCGAUCAGGUGGACCUGAAGCGACAGAGCAACUCUGUCGACCUGAGCGGCUACGAGCCGGCCGGCAGGUGGGUCAUCGAAUCCUCGUCCAUCGCCCGCAUCGACAAGCAGUACCCCUGCUGCCCCGAGUCCUACGUCACACUCGAGAUUGAGCUGGUCCUGGUGCGCAACGUUCAGGGAGGCGCGGAUUCGUGCAGCGCCGGCAGAGGCUAGUACCUUGCGCCGGCAGAGGUUAGUGCUCAACUGUGGCGCUGAAGGUUCAAGGUGGCAGAAAUACGGAGUCUGCGUAGACAUAUCUGCAUGACAAAAAGCUGGAUGUCAAAGUGAGCGAGUGCUGUUUUCCAGACCUCAUGUCAUGUACAACAAUAAUUCACGUUGACAAUUUGAACUGUUACUGACGCACAAAUACUAUUUUGACAGCUGAAAGUCAAUAAAUACCAUACAGGAUGCGA